GAGUGGUGUUUGUGUGAGCGCGCGCGCGUGUAUCUGUGUGUGUGUGUGUGCGUGGUGUCAGAUGACCUUCAGCUGGAGAGAUCAGGACUCUACAGAGGGUGCUCCGGACCAUGAGUGACAGUGUGUAUGAGUGUGACUGUGUGGAUAGUUUACUUACACCAACUGAACAAGCUCUUUAGUCAGGUUUAGUUUGAGUACUGUCUGGACUUGGUGCGAUCAGGGUGAGGAACUGAAGUCUGGCUGAGGGAAACCACCUGAAAAUAUUGAUUAAGGUGCAGUGCCACAGGGUUAAUUCAGAUUAGUGUGUGCGUGUGUGUACCUGACUCCAUACUGAUUCAUGUCUGGCUCAUAGGAAGUAUUGUCUUCACUUAUAAAGAAGUGUCAGGCUGCUGUGAGUGUGUCUGUGUGUGUGUUCUUGCGAGAUCGGUUUCAAAAGCUGACUGUGCUUAGUUAGAAUGGGGACAAAGCUGUAGGGGGAAGGAGCAUGCUGAAACGUGGUGCCAAAAGUAGCUAUAACCCUUACUCUACGAGUCAGAGAGUAAAGAAAGCCGAGCUGAAAGGCAAGGACAGGCUGGACAUACUGCCCAACAAGCACAACGUAUGGCUUAAACAGCUCUCCAUCCUCCAGGAGCAGCCUCGGAAAGAUGCAGGCGACAUCACCCUCUCCUCUUCCCCCUCGUCGUCCUUCUCCUCUUCGACGCUCACUCCAGCGUCCGCCGGGCUCCAGGACACCUCCGUGUCCUGCCCCAGUACCCCGAACACCCAGCACGGCAAGAUGGCAGCAAUGCAGGGGAUAGGCUGCCCGUCUCCCGUGUCCACUCUGAAGAGGCCGACUGCACUAAGCAGACACGCCAGCGCUGCAGGGUUCCCACUGCAGUCAUGGGUGUUCACUAAAGGCCAGGGGAAAGGGGCCUUGACCCCAACCCCUCCGUCUGAGAGCCCAGAGAGCACAGCCAUUGAAGUUGAAGACAUCCCGGCCCUGCUGAGGGACGUGGCCCGCUUCGCUGAGGCUGUGGAGAAACUGAAGGAUGUGGUGCUGGCUGAAGGUAAGAGGGAGAAUCAGCGGCCCAUGGCCCAUGAGUGUUUGGGGGAGGUCCUGCGGGUGCUGCGUCAGGUCAUUAACACAUACCCUCUGCUAAACACCGUGGAGAUCCUCACCGCUGCUGGCAAGCUCAUAUCCAGGGUCAAAGGUUUCCACUAUGAGGCCUGUAACGAGACAGACAAAAAGGACUUUGAGAAGGCGAUUGAAACCAUUGCAGUUGCUUUUAGCAGCAAUGUGUCUGAGCUGCUGAUUGGAGAGGUGGACAGCAGCACACUGCUCUCACUGCUGCCCACAGAGAAAAGCAGGUCGAUGGAGAACUUGUACACAGCGACGGGCCAGGGAGUGGAUGGCCAGUUCAGGAGCGACCUGCAGGACAUGGGACGGGUCGAGGAAGUGGAUGUGAUCCUCCAGCGCAGCGAGGGAGGGGUGGACUCGGCCCUGCUCUACGCCAAAACCAUUUCCAAGUACAUGAAGGACCUGAUAAACUACGUGGAGAAGAGAACUUCACUGGAGACUGAGUUCUCCAAAGGCCUCCAGAGAUUAUACCAGUCCUGCAAACACAGCAUAACACAUCCCCACAUGCCCCUCUUCUCCAUCUACUCUCUGGCUCUGGAGCAGGACCAGGAGCAGAGCGUGGGGCUGCAGCAGGCCAGCACCACCCUGCACAACCAGACCUUCAUCCAGCCUCUGAUACUUCGUAAACUGGAGCAUGAGAAGAGACGGAAGGAGAUCAAGGAGCAGUGGAUUCGAGCUAAGAGAAAACUGAUGGAGUGUGAGGCAAACCUGCGGAAGGCCAAGCAAGUCUACAUGGCCCGCUGCGAGGAGUACGACAAGGCCAAAACUGCGGCCUCUCGAGCCGAGGAGGAGGGAGGAGGGUCAACAGCAAAGUCUCUGGAGAAGAAGAAAAGAAUAGAGGAGGAGUCUCGCAAUAAGGCAGAUGAAGCGGAGGCCACCUACCGGACGUGUAUAGCAGAUGCCACCACUCAGCAGCUGGAGCUGGAGCACACAAAGGUCACAGUUCUGAGGCAGCUGCAGGACGUCAUCAAAAACAGCGACCAGACCCUGCGCUCGGCGACUAUCUCCUACUACCAGCUCAUGCACAUGCAGACGGUAGCGUUGCCCGUCCACUACCAGACUCUGUGUGAGAGCAGUAAGCUGUACGACCCAGGCCAGCAGUACGCCGCCCACGUGCGAGACCUGCAGUUACCAGAGCAGCCGAAUGUUCACUACACGUUCGAGGCCUACUCACCCUCCAGCUCAUCGUCACACCACGGCCACAGACCGAGGAAUGACAGUUUCAACACAGAGCCAACAAGCCAUACGGACAGUCCUGCCACCAGCGUGGGUACAGCAGCUGGUGACAACAGAGACGCAGAGGUUCAACGCAAGAGGCAGGGCCACAAGUCGUGGGGUUCAACAGUGAGUGAUGACAGUGUUGGAGGAGAUGGAGGCCUAGAGUCUCCUACUGCCAGCACAAGUGACAUCAGUAAAAUUGCUCGGACGGCAUCCACUGGAACAAUGUCGUCCAAUGAGGAUGCAGAUGAGAAAGACGGGAAUGUAGCUUCUUUCGAAUCUCCAAAUAUUAAUGGCAUGGAUCCUGAUGUGGUGGUGUCCACCAGACCUUUCCGAAACAUCGGCCUAUCCAAAGCAGCCCUGACCCACCGUCUGAGGAAGCUGCGGACUCCUGCCAAGUGCCGCGAAUGUGACAGCUAUGUUUACUUCCAAGGGGCCGAGUGCGAGGAGUGUUUCCUGGCAUGUCACAAGCGCUGUCUGGAGACUCUGGCCAUACAGUGUGGCCAUAAGAAGCUCCAGGGCCGUCUGCAGCUGUUUGGCAGGGAGUUCUCUCAGGUGGCCAGCUGUGCCAGCGACGGCAUCCCCUUCAUUAUCACCAAGUGCAUUUCUGAGAUUGAGAGACGGGCACUCAAGAUGAAGGGCAUAUACAGGGUGAAUGGGGUGAAGACUCGCGUUGAGAAACUGUGUCAGGCCUUUGAGAACGGCAAGGAGCUGGUCGAGCUGUCCCAGUGUUCCCCACACGACAUCAGCAACGUUCUCAAGCUUUACCUCCGACAGCUGCCAGAGCCCAUCAUGUUGUUCCGCCUAUACAACAACCUGAUGGGUUUGGCCAAAGAGAGUCUACAGAGUGAUGGAGACACACCAGAGAGCGAGGAGGCUGAGUUGAGCGGUACUAACCCAGCAGUGGUCAGAGGGCCUGAGCUGGUGGAUCUGGGCCCUGACACAGACCCAGAGGUCCUGGUGCUGGUGGAAAAGCUCAAGGAGCUUCUAAAGGAGCUUCCCAAGGCUAACAUGGCUACACUGCGCUACAUCAUUCGCCACCUACGAAGGAUUGCAGAGUUGGAGGUGGAUAACAAGAUGAGUCCCAGUAACCUGGGGAUUGUGUUUGGGCCAUCUCUGAUGCGUCCCCGACCAACCGGGGCCACGAUAUCCUUGUCCUCUCUGGUCGAUUACCCCCACCAGGCCCGCAUCGUGGAGGCCCUCAUAGUUUUCUAUUCAUCCAUCUUCCAGUCCAAAACCUCUCAGUCCAACAAAACCAGCCGCUCUGCUUCCACCUCCACCGAGCAGACUACUACUGCAGACGACAAGAUGGGGAGCUCUGCCGAUGGAGAGGAAGAUGGAGGCAGAGAGGAGCAGAGUAAACCUGAUGGCGUAAACCUGGAGGAGGGAUGUGAAAGUUCUUUGGGCUCUCUGGGCUCUAACGAGCAGCUCCCAGACUCUGACUCAGAGCUGGAUGAAAGCGGGCAGAGGACCUCUCACUCCCACAGCCUGAUGAAGCAGGAGAGCGAGGUGAGCAUGGACGAUGACCAGCUGAGCUACAGGGACAGCCUGGACCUGUCCAGCCACUCUGCAACCCACACCGACCCAGAGCAAGACGCCGAUCAGGACCAAGACAACCCAGAGGGAGGAGAGCCCCCGGCUCUGCCAGACAGCGGGCCCCCAGAUGACGACAUGGGGGCAGAGCAGAGCCUGAGCACCUCUCUGGCUGAGCUCAACGUGAACCAGUCCAACAACAACUACCCCUGCUCCCCUGUUUUAAACCUGUCAGGGCAUCCUCUGGCACGUCUAUGCGGAAAGAAAUUACCCCUGACGAGGAACAGGGAUAGUGAGCCUGAGUUUGUCUGAUGUCAUCAUCAGGAUAUCACUGUGAUGUGAGAUCUGUCAGAUUAAGUUGAGUGACAGGAACCUUGUUUUUCUGCUUAAAAAUCCAGGGAAUCCUGAAACUGAGAGGGUUAUUUCAUCAUGUACAUCAAAUCAAUUUUUUUUUUUUAAUUUGUGUAGAUGUUUGCAGCUGUACUGAUCUGUUCUGUGAAACCUCUGCACGCUUCAUGCUGUUUGAUGCAAUUACUGCUGUCAUUUCAAGAGGUUUGACUCAAAUGAUUUAAAAAUGUCAGUUUCUAAGUGUUCUUCUAAGUGUUUUUCUCAUUGCUCUUACAGUCCUGAGGUAAAGUCAGUAUCGGUUACAGCGGUUACAUCAGAAUGUGUGCAAUGAAAAAUUUCUAAGUAAAUUCUUUCUAAGUGCUGCUGGUUUCAUUUCAGCACUAGAACUUGAUGAUACAUUUAGCAGUUUCUUAUAAGUGCCUUUUAUGAGUAUUUGGUCUAUUUUAAUAAAAAUUCAUAUAUUUCAAAACUGA